AUGUCCACUACAACUGCCUCCCCGCGCUUCUCCACCAACGACGUAACAGUCGUCUUCUUCCUUGGUGGCCCCGGUAGCGGCAAAGGCACCCAGUCCGCCAAGCUCGUCAAGGACUACGGCUUCGUACACCUGUCUGCCGGCGACCUGCUGCGCGCCGAGCAGAUCCGCGAGGGCAGCGAGUACGGCGAGCUGAUCAAGACUUACAUCCGUGAGGGCAAGAUCGUGCCCAUGAAUGUGACCGUCGCUCUGCUGUCCAACGCCAUGAAGGCCUCCCUGGACACCGCCCCGCCGGCCCCGGGAACUAAGGCCCGCUUCCUGAUCGAUGGCUUCCCGCGCAAGCUCGACCAGGCCGUCUUCUUCGAGGAAUCCGUGUGUCCCUCCGAGCUGGUCCUGUUCUUGGACUGCCCCGAGGACGUGAUGGAGGCGCGCCUGCUGAAGCGUGGCGAGACCAGCGGACGCGACGACGACAAUGCGGAGUCCAUUCGCAAGCGAUUCCGUACCUUCGUCGAGACCUCGAUGCCCGUUGUGGAUGCUUUUGAGAAGCAGGAUAAGGUUGUUUCGGUGAAGGCGACCGGCACGGUGGAGGAAGUAUAUGCGGAGGUCAAGAAGGGUAUUGAGGCGCGGGGUCUGGAGCGUCGUUGA